AUGCCAUUGUUCGGUCCACUCCCCGGAGUCCGCCCACCAAAGAUCACAAGCAACGAAUCACCCACCAGGACCUUCUCCGCGCAAAACAAGACGGGUGUGGGGAGAAAUUUGAGCGGGGCGUCGAGCAGCGUGAAAGGAGCUGCCGGCAAAACACCGCAAAAAGGAAGGAGGAACAGGAGUGCAGCAGCUGUAGAGAGGAGAACGCUCAAGGGUAUUGCGAAACGCUUUGAGCACAACUUGAAAACAGAGGACACCAAAGCCGAGCAAGAAGAGAUGAUGCAAGCUCUGCAAAACCAAGUUGCACAGUUGAGUAGACAGCAAGAUACCCUAAGUCAAGCACUACAAAGAGCCGAACAAGCGUACGAACAACAAAGCGCAGUGUUGACAGCCACCCGCAACGAGUUGAGCGCGGCCCUAACCACAAAAGCAAGCAGUGCCAGUGUUGAGGACCCAAACCUUGUGGAUUCCAGGAACAUUCCGAAACCACCUGUGUUUGAUGGGAAGCGUGAAAGUUGGGAGAGAUGGAAGUACGUGUUUGUAGCUUGGAGUUCUACAGUCAAUGCGGCUUACCCAGGUUUGUUUGACAAGGCCGAAGCCUCAACGACGCCCAUAGAACAUGCCACGUUGACAGCAAAUGAGGUCCGUUUGAGUAAGGCUUUGUUGACGAUCCUUAUGGGAUAUGCGCCGGACUCAGUGAUGAGCAUGGCCCAACAUGGAGAAUUUGAUGUGCCAAUUGAUGAAACCAAAAAGAAAACAUUGUAUUCAGUUCAAGGACUAGCUUUGAAGGUGUAUGGUGAACAAACCCCCGGCAUCGAACUUGAUGACGGAUUGCGCGGAACCAUUCGUGUGACAGUGACGGAUGCUAGCGAGAACGUGUUAGCUGUAGAUGAACUGUUGAGUAAAGAUUGGGAAAAGGUAGUCUUUGGCAAAGCCGGAGCCAAGGUGCAGACAGCAGAAUUGCAGCCAGUUCCGAGGCGGUUGGCAUGGCAUUGGGUAGGUGAAACAUGUUUCAAAUUGAAAGAUGAUGCAGCAAGCGCGCAGGCAGAACCUGAAGCGCCCGACCCACAUGUCCAACAUGGCAUGGAGCAUGCGCACUUCAUGGAAGAAACCGCUGACAGACCCAUCAUUCAUCCUAUGUCAUCUCCACCGGAACCAUCCCCGCAAGAGCGGGCAGAACACAAUUUGCAUCAUGCUACGUAUGCGUCCUGGUGUCCACACUGUGUUGCUGGACAGGGUAGGCAAGCUCCCCACAUGCAACGCCACACGGACACACCGGAACACAUCGUGUAUGCAGAUUUCAUGUAUUUUCCUUCCAAAGGCGCAGAGGUUCAGCCUGGCGACUUGCCAGAGGGGGCAGACGGGGGUGAUGUGGUGACAGUUCUUACCGCCAUUGACAAGGACUCGCGUUGGCCUUUCGCAGUUGUGAUUCCUUCAAAAAAAAUUGACGACCCCAACAGUUAUGCAGUGAAAUCCUUGGAAACUUGGUUGUUAGGCCUUGGUUGGAAACAGUUCACUUUUCAGACAGAUCAGGAACCAGAAAUCAUGAAACUUGCAAACACGGUACGUAAGAAGAUGGGACAUGACAAAAUGCAGGUGCGACAAAGUCCCAGGUACUCUUCUCAGUCCCUCGCUGAAGGAGAAACCGUGAACCAACAAAUUGCAGGUAGAGAUCGGACAUGGGUGAGUGUUUUGUCUGAGCAGUACCAGGUGGACAUACGCAACACACAUUGUUUGUUUCCAUGGAUUGUGCGACAUGUUGCAUGGGCAAUGGCGCGGCUGCACGUCAACACGAGUAGGACCACGCCAUUUUUGAUCAUCAAGGGACAUGAUUUUUUUGGUGAAUUGCUUGCGUUCGGUGAGUGUGUGUUGGCCAAGUGGCCAAACAUGAAGGAUUUAGCUAAGGGUGUGCCACGGUGGGUGCAUGGUGUCUUCGUCGGCAAAACUGAGGGAUCGGAUGAGCAUAUUGUCUUGACACCUGUUGGGGCACAAACCUUCCGGACAGCGCGUCGGUUGCCAGAGUCCAGCCGACACAGCCUUCAUUCUUUGGAGUCUGUUGCGGGUUUACCAUGGGACACUAAGGACGGUAGCUCCAAAGUACAGCCAGCGAUAGUGGUUGUCAAUGCACAGCAUCUGUCAUGUCUGUGGUCUCUCAUGCGCAAUUCAAACCUGUGA